CGGGCCGAACCGUGCCGGCGGGAUGGAGCAGCGCUACAGCAAGGCGGAGACCCUCGCCCUGCGGAGGAAGCACAUCGGGCCUUCCUGCAAAGUUUUCUUUGCCAAGGACCCUCUGAAGAUAGUGCGUGCUCAGGGCCAAUAUAUGUUUGAUGAGAAAGGAGAAAAAUACUUAGACUGUAUCAACAACGUUGCACAUGUUGGCCACAGUCAUCCAUACGUUGCAAAGGCUGCAAUAAAACAGAUGGAGCUGCUCAAUACGAAUUCCAGGUUCCUGCAUGACAACCUUGUUCAGUACGCGCAGCGUCUCACAGCCACCCUGCCUGAGAAACUCUCUGUUUGCUAUUUUGUGAACUCUGGGUCUGAAGCAAAUGAUCUUGCUUUACGGCUGUCUCGGCAGUACCGUGGACACCAAGAUGUGAUCACCCUUGAAAAUGCUUACCAUGGCCAUCUUACAUCUCUGAUUGACAUCAGUCCCUAUAAAUUUAAUCAGCUGGGAAAGGACAGCAAGAAGGAGUUCGUGCAUGUGGCUCCUUCUCCAGAUAUCUACAGAGGGAAAUAUAGAGAGGACCACCCAGAUCCAGCAAGUGCUUAUGCUGAAGAGGUGAAGAAGAUUAUUGAAGAAACACAGAAGAAUGGACGCAAGAUUGCUGCCUUCAUAGCCGAAUCCAUGCAGAGCUGUGGAGGCCAAGUAAUUCCACCUGUGGGCUAUUUCCAGAAAGUGGCAGAGUACGUGCAUGCAGCAGGUGGUGUGUUUAUAGCCGAUGAGGUCCAGGUUGGCUUUGGCAGAGUUGGGAAGCAUUUUUGGGCGUUCCAGCUGCAAGGUGAAGACUUUGUGCCUGACAUUGUCACCAUGGGAAAGCCCAUUGGCAAUGGCCACCCUAUGUCUUGUGUGGUCACAACAAGGGAAAUUGCUGAAAGUUUUGGUGCCUCUGGACUGGAGUAUUUCAAUACAUUUGGAGGAAAUCCAGUGUCUUGUGCUAUUGGUCUGGCUGUGCUGGAUGUAAUAGAGAAAGAAGAUCUCCAAGGAAAUGCUACAUAUGUAGGAAAUUAUCUCCUGGAGUUGCUGGCCGAGCAAAAGGAGAAACAUCCCUUAGUGGGAGAUAUCAGGGGUGUUGGCUUGUUUAUCGGAGUGGAUCUGGUGAAAGAUCAACAAACGCGAGCACCAGCCACGGCUGAAGCCCUUCACCUUAUUUACAAGCUGAAAGAACAUAAAAUCCUUCUUAGUGCAGAUGGACCCCACAGAAACAUACUGAAAUUUAAGCCGCCAAUGUGUUUCACUAUGGAAGAUGCAAAACAUGUAGUGGAAACAAUUGAUGCACUUCUUACAGAAAUGGAAGUGGCAAUUGGAAUGAAGACACAAAAUGAUGCAUCUACAAAUGCACAGUGUAAAAUAGAAAUGACUGAAGGCAGUUCUCAACCAGAAGGUGCAAGUGAGAGCAUCAACCAUAUGAAUGGAGCUGUCUGCAGACAAGAAAAUGGACUUUAUUCUAAAAAAUGCUCAGUGCCAAGUCAAAGAAUAAGAACAUGAAGAGGUUUCCUCAUUCAGUUCUAAUU